UGGAGCGCCUGGCUCACGCCGUUCGGGCGCGGUGGCAGUCGGCGCUUCGACACGGCAUUCUUCCUGUGCUGCCUGAGCGAGCCGCCGCCGGUCUAUCCCGACCUGUCGGAGGUGGUGGGCUGUCAGUGGUCUUCUCCAUCAGAGGCAACUAAAAGUUUCAUAUCAAAAGAAAUUUGGCUGGCGCCCCCACAGUUCUACGAAGUAAGACGACUUGAAAACUUUGCCUCUCUGUCUGACCUGCAUAAAUUUUGUUUGGAUCGUGCCUUAGAAGAGGUUGAACGGUGGCUGCCGAUUACAUAUUUAACUGCUGAUGGGAUGCUCCAGCUUUUACCUGGAGAUGAGCUGUACCUAGAAGAUUCAGACUAUGUAGAAAAGUCUUUGUCUACUGAAAAAACAACUAAAGAAAUCAUGAAGGAAGGCAAGAAAUUUCACCGAAUAGUGAUACACAAUCGCCAUCUUUAUGAGGUCCAUGUGACUGUUCAGUCAAAGUGUAAACAUGUUUAUCCUAAGAACUACAUAAUAAGUAAGAGCCAUUUGUAGGGAGCUACUUCUAAAUUGGUUGACUAAAGUUGUUUGAAAAUUAUAUAACUUGGUGCCUGUGCAAGCUAUCAUGGUGUGUUUCUUCUUUUAAGUGUGUUGUGGAGCUCUCUUGCUUAUUUUAUUCUUUUAAUCAUUCAGUAUGCAGUGAGUAUAAAAUUGAUAUGUUACCAAAAUGAGAAAAAAAAAGUCACAAGGGGCCCUACUUCUGUAUUGUUUUAUUAGCCUAAAAGUUUAAAUAAGAUGUUCUAUUGCCAUUGUUUCAAUUGUCUCACAUAUUAGCAUUUUUCCUGAUGUGCUUUGGAAGUUGAACCAUGAAUUUCUUAGACUUUCUGCUGAAAUUAAUUUAAGAGUGCCUGACUGGAUGGCAAACACUAGACUGAGACACCCUUCAAGUGAUAAUGCCAUUGUUUUCUUGCUAUUGUCUUUAGCUUGAUUACUAAGAUCCAAUCUGUUUAAAACCAAGUGGCAUUAGUAUAAUAUAUUAUGUUUUCCAAAUUGGAAAUCUAUUUUAGUUAAUAUUUUAAAGAAGUAUGAAGCCAUACAAACCUAUCAACUUUUUAUGUUAUUAAGUGCUGGUUAAUAAAUACAGAGAGAGAAUGUUAAAUUAGGUUUAUUUUCAGUAUGGUUAAUAUAGAUAGUGUUUUCACUUCCUUUAAAGAGGUAUAAUUUUUUUGCUGAUUAAAGGUGGGAAUUAAUAGUUAAAAACACCAAUUCUUUUUCAUUAUAUUUGACUAUAUUAUGCAUAACACAAUAGAUUUCUUAUUUUCUGAAAUUUCUUAGUUUUUCUAACAACCAAAUAAAGGCAAUGAUAAAACUUAUGUGUAUUAUUUAAUCCUGAUUAGAGGAAUGUAUCUAGAGCAGUGGUUCUCUACCUGGGCACUUUGGCCCUUGGGUCAACUGGCUAUUUUAGGCAUUUCUGUUUGUCACAACUGAGGAGGGGAUACUACCACCAUCUAGUGGAGAGAGACCAGGGAUGCAGUUAAAUAACCGGCCUGAGACAAAGAGUUGUCUGGCCAAGGCUGAGAAACACUGAUUUCAAGUCAAUUUUACUUGUU